GUAAAAGUUAAAAUAAGUAAUAUAAGUACUAUAUAAUUUUAAACACAAAACCUAAACUAUAAUGUCUAACAGCCAUAUAUUUCUGAAACCUGGUUUCAUAAAUGUACCACUUCAAAACGGCAUAGGUCGAUAUGUAGGCCAGUUACAAAGGGUGGUUUUAAAAUUUUGUAAGAAUAAUGGAUCUAGCCGUGGAAUGAGGGAGUUUAUCGAAUCCGAUUUAGUAAAUUUUGCUAAAAAUAACCCUGGUAUUGUAGUUUAUUUAAAACCUAGAAGACAUAGGACAGCUGUGAUUAAAGCUGAAUACCUUAAUGGAGACACCCAAUGGUUGAGUUGCAGAAACUUUUCUAAAGACGAAAUUUAUAAAUGGCUCGAAUUACUAAGGAAACAACAAAAAAACCACGAGGGUUCUCGCAUUAGAAAAUUGUGGCAUACUGAAAAUCCUUCAAUACAAGGUCCCUGGACGCCCUUUACUUUUAGAGAUCCCAAAUUAAAUUUAGCCACGUUCCCCGAUGAAGAGCUGGGCAAAUCCGAAAACGUUGCUUCCACUAGUCAGGAUGAGUUAGUGGAAAUGUUCAAAAGGCAGAAAUUGUUAGAACUUGAAGCAGCCAGCGCUUCAAAUUGAGUGAAUUGUAUUUUAUUUUUUUUUUUUUUAGUUAUAUAGUAGGUACUAUUAAAUUUAUAUUGUAGAAAUACAAUUAAACCCAG